CUAAAAGUGGAAAAAAUAUAUUCUUGCUAUGGGGGAGCUGGAAAAAAAAAUGGAGUUAGAGAGCCAAAAAUGCUGCAGUAUAUAGGUUUUAUAAGCUCCGAGGCGGUCAGCGGCGCACUGCCCCGGCCCUGGGCAGGGGCGCUCCCGGGGAGCUGCAGCGGAAAGGCUCCGGGCUGUGGUGCGGCCCCAAAAAGCGGCUUUAAAGGCAGCGAGUAGGGCUGGGGGGGCGAGGUCUCGCUCCGCACUAUUUCUUACUGCUGACACCUCGACCCCACUGCAAACCGGCACCCCGGCCGUGCCCCCCUGCCGCCUCCUCUCCAGGGUGAAACCCGCCAGGAGAAACCUCGAGGGCCCCCCUGCCACCCUCUGGAGGAGGCGGGGGGGGGGGGGGCUCCACCAGGCUCCAGCCAUGCCACCCCCAAAAGCGGGGGCUCCCCGUGGUCUGCGACCCCCGGGCGCGGGGAGGCCGGGCCCGGGUUGAGGGGGCCUGAUCCUGCCCUGGUGGAGAGGAGCUGAGCGAGCCGGGGGGGGGCUGAGAGGGCUCCCCCACCCGGCCACGCACCCCCGGCCCACACAGUGGGGGAUUCGGCGAAGGAAGCUCGUAACAUGGCGGAUAGCGAGGAAGGCUUUGGGCUCCCCACCACGCCGGCUGACUCGGAGGCCAAGGAGCUGCAGGCUGACGCCAAGCAGGACACGCAGCUGGGGGCCCCCAGCAAGCCCCCCACCUCUCCCCAGGCAGCCUUCACCCAGCAGGGCAUGGAAGGAAUCAAAGUGUUUUUGCAUGAGCGGGAGCUGUGGCUGAAAUUUCACGAAGUGGGGACGGAGAUGAUCAUAACAAAGGCUGGAAGGCGCAUGUUCCCCAGUUACAAAGUGAAGGUCACUGGACUUAAUCCAAAAACUAAGUACAUACUGUUGAUGGAUAUUGUACCAGCGGAUGACCACAGAUACAAAUUUGCAGAUAAUAAAUGGUCCGUGACGGGGAAGGCAGAGCCGGCCAUGCCCGGCCGCCUCUACGUGCACCCCGACUCCCCCGCCACCGGAGCGCACUGGAUGCGGCAGCUGGUGUCCUUCCAGAAGCUCAAACUCACCAACAACCACCUCGACCCCUUCGGACAUAUCAUCCUCAACUCCAUGCACAAGUACCAGCCCCGGCUGCACAUCGUGAAGGCGGACGAGAACAACGGCUUUGGCUCCAAGAACACCGCCUUCUGCACCCACGUCUUCCCCGAGACCGCCUUCAUCGCCGUCACCUCCUACCAAAACCACAAGAUCACCCAGUUAAAGAUCGAGAACAACCCCUUUGCCAAAGGUUUCCGCGGCAGCGACGACAUGGAGCUCCACAGGAUGUCCAGGAUGCAGAGUAAGGAGUACCCGGUUGUUCCCAGGAGCACGGUGAGACAGAAAGUGUCCUCAAAUCACAGCCCCUUCAGUGGUGAGACCAGGGUCCUUUCCGCCUCCUCCAACCUGGGCUCCCAGUACCAGUGUGAGAACGGGGUGUCGAGCACCUCCCAGGACCUGCUGCCGCCCGCCAACCCCUACCCGAUCUCCCAGGAGCACAGCCAGAUCUACCACUGCACCAAGAGAAAAGAUGAGGAAUGUUCCACCACCGAGCAUCCCUACAAGAAGCCCUACAUGGAGACUUCUCCGGCAGAAGAGGAUCCCUUCUACAGGUCCAGUUACCCCCAGCAGCAGGGACUGAACACUUCAUACAGGACUGAAUCAGCCCAGCGCCAAGCGUGCAUGUACGCCAGCUCCGCUCCCCCCACGGACCCCGUGCCCAGCCUGGAAGACAUCAGCUGUAACACGUGGCCCAGCGUGCCCUCCUACAGCAGUUGCACAGUGUCUGCCAUGCAGCCGAUGGACAGGUUACCCUACCAGCAUUUCUCUGCCCACUUCACCUCGGGGCCGCUGAUGCCCCGGCUCGGCAGCGUGGCCAACCAUACCUCCCCCCAGAUAGGAGACACCCACAGCAUGUUCCAGCACCAGACCUCGGUUUCUCACCAACCCAUCGUCCGGCAGUGUGGACCCCAAACGGGCAUCCAGUCCCCCCCCAGCAGCCUCCAGCCCGCAGAGUUCCUCUAUUCCCACGGCGUGCCUCGAACCCUCUCGCCCCACCAGUACCACUCGGUGCACGGCGUGGGCAUGGUGCCAGAGUGGAGCGAGAACAGCUAACCGGGCAGCCGCGGCCACAGCAUCAGCCACGGCAAAAGAAAUGGAGGAAAAAGAAAUAAAAAAGGAAAAAAAAAAACAACAACACCCUGUCGGUAAUAAAAAAGAGAGCGUUUUGCAAGACUCCUUGAAGUGAAUGUUCACCGUUAGCACUCGAGAGGGACGGACGCUGAUUGACACCACGGACAAAGCAGUCAUCGGCCUCGGUGUGACUUGCCCCCCCCCCUUUUUUUCUUUUGGUUCAAAAGGAAAACCAACAGAUUGGCACGCUGCCCCCCACCGUGCCCACCACCCAACUUGUGUUGCUGCCACAGCGAACCCCCUGCCCCAUCGCCCCCCUCCCCAGCCCCUGCUCUUUUUGUUCUCAAAGGGACAUGAGACUCCUGCUGCCUUUAUCAACACGGCCAGAGUGCUUGAAUGAAAACAACUAGGAUGUUACUUUUUUUUUUUUUUUUGUGGUGUUGAUGUUGACGAUGUUAUAUAAUAAAUAAUAAUAUAUAUAUUUUUUUCUUUCAAUUUUCUCAAAAAAAAAAAAAAAAAGACACCGGCCCUUUUCACCAAGGGUGGAGCUUGGAGUGCUGGUUUUUAUUUUUUUUUCAUUAGUGUUAUCGUUGUUGCUUCUCAACAGAAAAGAGGUAUUCUGAACCCGCAAAUAGGAAAAAACAGGUACCUACCUCGCCCAGGUGUUGUACCACGAGUGAAAUUGCUCACUGCUAUUUCCUUAAAAUCACCAUAUGUCCCCCAAAACGCAUCUCUGUGGGAACCAGCCUAGGAACCUCACCCCCUUGCUCACUCCCAAUUCUCUCCUACUUUCCUUCCUACCUCCUGGUCUUUCCAGUCCAUCAGCUGUCUCUGUCAGAAAUGUGGGGUAUCUUUCUAACUUGAAAACCUCCACAGCUUGUCUGCUGCUGAUUUUUUUUGCCAGCACGUGGAAAGCGAGGCUGUGAGCCAGCUGCAAGGGGGAAGAGAGGGGGAGAGGAUGCGGGGAGCAAAAGGAAAAUCUGUAAGCAUGAUGGUGGUGAUUGCUUGCAAUCCCCAACUUUCAGUUUGUUGGUCAUUCUUUUUCUUCCUCUCUACAAAUAAAAAUAAAUAAAGAGAAAGGGAUAUCUGUCUGGGUAUGCCGAGACAUUUAGUAAAUGUGUUUGAACGGAGCAGAAAAUGAUCACAGGGGGCUGGGAGUGGGGGAAGCAAGAAGAAAGGAAAAAGCAAAUGCUUGUAAGUAAAAAUGCCUACUGCAAGGACUCUUCAGGUGUAAAAUUUACUGGUUCUAUUUAUUUAUACAUGGGAGUUUGAGUAAGUCCUAAUGUGUCAUGAUGCCAGAAAAGCAGCUGAUUCAGAGGGGCUCGUGGUUUAUUGAAACUGAACUUUGCUUUCUUCAUUUUUUUUCUCUCCAAGCUGUGCCCACACUCUAUAUAAUUUACAUAUAUUUUUAAUUAAAAACAAUUCUAAUGAA